AUGGCACUACUAGAAGCUAGUAGUCCUACAACAGGAAGACCUGGACAUUCUAACUCAGAAGAAGCAGAGAAAAAAGACCUUCAAGAACAUUAUGAAGGCACGAUGGCACUUGACCGCUUUCUGGCCAUCUGCUACCCACUGAGAUACCCUGUCAUCAUGAGCAAGGGUACCUAUAUGCCCAUGGCAGCUGGAUGUUGGGUUGCUGGGACUGUUGACUCAUUGGUGCAGACAUCUCUGGCAGUGCAUUUACCAUUCUGUACUGAUAACAUCAUUCAACACUUUGUCUGUGAAAUUCUGGCCAUUCUGAAACUGGCUUGUGGAGAUAUUUCAAUCAAUGUGAUUAGCAUGGCAGGGUCAAACCUGCUUUUUCUAGCUGUUCCAUUGAUAGUCAUUGCCAUCUCUUAUGUUUUCAUCAUUGCCACCAUUCUGAGGAUCCCUUCCUCUGAAGGAAAACAGAAGGCCUUCUCCACGUGUUCUUCCCACCUGACAGUGGUGAUUAUAUUCUAUGGUAGCAUCUUCUUCAUGUAUGCAAAGCCCAAGUCAAAAGCCACGGCUGGGGAAGGACAUCAAAGUCUGACUGAGGUGCUCAUCUCCUUUUUUUAUGGGGUGGUGACCCCCAUGCUCAAUCCUCUCAUCUACAGUCUGAGGAACAAGGACGUGAAGGCUGCUGUUCAGAGCAUGCUGGGAGGAAAUCGUCUGAUGAAACAUAAAUGA